GAAGCGACCAACACCGCCAUGCGUUUGCCACGCAGAAUUCGUUUUUCCUCAACAAAUUCUCUAGUUUUAAUUAUUGUAAUUACCCUCGCAUUUGUGCUUCUAAUUCGAAGAAACUUUGAAACACAUGGAGCUGCAUCUUCCCACUAUGGCGGACACGUGGAAAGGUUCCAGAUCUGGGAGACAAUGAAACAGAUGUUUUCAGUUCCAAAGCAUGACGAAGGUCAACAGUUCACGAUGCGGAUGACGACAGAACGUAUGAGCCUCUUUACUCAGAAAAUGAUGAGAUUUCAGAGCUUAGAGGUCAAUGUCAAUGUCAAGGUCAAGGAUCCUUCAUUGUUUGACCACACCACCAUUAAACAAACCGAAGACGCUUCUGACCGAUACUUGAACAAAGGACACAACAAGACGACACCGGAAUCACUGUCUCCUAUUAUUACAAAAAAUCGCGAAAGAAAUCUGACAGCUAUUGGAAAUGACUUAGCUUUCAGAACCAGCCUCGUUGAAAAGGAAUGUCAAAGGUUAUCCGUAUUUGGGACUCCGGACAACGCCGUCCGUGACAUCAUGACAAAUAUGGCAUCGAAGCUGGCGUAUUGUUACAUCCCCAAGUGCGGCUGCACAUUCUGGAAGAGAGUGAUCCGGUUUCUGAACGGGGACUAUGCGGGCAGGAACGUCACUUCUCCGUCACACAUCCGCAGAAUAGAGACCCACAGCUCAGCCUACUCCAACCCCAACACCUUCAUGCCCUUCAGCGUGUAUAGAAAACUUUCAAAAAGAUUCAACAGUUUUAUGUUUGUACGUGAACCGUACGCUAGGCUGUGGUCGGCUUAUGUGGACAAAUUCUAUUUGCCUGAUUUUUGGAGCAAUUUUCAGGCUGAAAUUCGAAGCAGAAGGUACCCAUCUCGCGCAUCACGAUGUGUAAGUGACGUCACGUUUCCGGAGUUCGUUAGCCUCUCUUUGGAAACCCAGGAGCCACAUUGGGACGCCAUGCAUCAGGCGUGUGACCCCUGUUCAUUCCAGCCUUCUGCGGUUGGUAGAGUGGAAUCUUUUGCAUCAGAUUCGAGCUACAUUCUUCACAGAGCCAAUCUGUCCUGGAUGAUGGAUGGGUAUGACCAUGAUGCACACGUGCAAGAAGAGCUCACCACUUUGAUUAACUAUAACAUUGAGCUUGUAGCCGUUAAGCCUUACAUUGGGAAAUGUAUAUCUAAAGUGGGACUGUUUCUGCGCCUUUGGAAAGCUUUCCAGAUUAACGGCUACCUUCCCGCCAACGUGAAACCACCACCUCUUUUCCGGACCACAACAACAGCCGAGUUUACCAAAAUUGUUCUCGAUCAGUACCGCAGUCGACCGAACACACCCGAGGUGUGGCGGAAACAGAGGAAGCGGUUCAUGAUCGAAGCGUACAAAACACUACCAUCACGAGCUUUGCACGCAGUGAGGAUGAAGUAUACUCGUGAUUUUAUUUUGUUCAACUACAACCCUCGACCAGAUGAGAUAUUUGGUAACAGACAGUGAUUUAAAUACCAACUUUUCUCUGUUUUAAUCCUUUAUGGUCUUUAGAAAUAAAUAUGGUUC